AUAAAAGGACACUUACUUGAUCUAAUGCUAUAUGUAAUCUUCUUCAAUGUUUAGGUUUAUUCAUAAAGAUGGAAACACAUUCUUCUAUUACAACCCCUGCACACCAUUCAAAAAGGGAGAUUCAUCUGGAGAAUGCCAAGCAAAUGAAAUUGCGGCCUGCCAAUAUGACGGAAAUGGAUACUAUGACAUCGGGGAUCAGAGCAGUCUAGCAACAUCCUAUGAUACAAGCACUGGUGCAGUACUCUUUUCCUAUAGUACUGACCAAAGCACUAGGAGUACAGAACUUCGCCUGGAGUGUACACAGGACUCAGCAGUCAGAUUCACAGCUAGUGAAAAGACAGGAGUCCCGGGGAAAUAUGUGAUGACCAUUAGCAGCCUGUGUGUGUGCCCCGGGAGGUCGAAGGAUUGCAAUGCUGCAGGUGCCGCCGCAGGGCUCAGUGCUGGGUCCACCAUGUGUAUAUUGCUGACAGUGUUUGUGCUGGUGUACGUGGCAGGAGGGAUGCUAUUCCUGAGGUUUGUCCGGGGAGCAGAGGGCACUGAGAUGAUCCCCAACUAUGAGUUCUGGGCAGACUUCCCAUACCUAGUAAAGGACGGCUUCACGUUCGCCACACGGUCAUGCCGAGGAGAGGAGGCGUACGCUUACGAGAAGAUCUAACCGUCACACUCGAUCACCACGUGAACAGUCAUCAUCAUCAACAUCAUCAACAUUUGUUUUAAAGCAGGAACUUUUCCUUUCUGAAGUUUUCCAGAAUUCGUUUGAUUAACACAUGGCACCUGAUAAUAGUAGUCGUAGUGACUCAGCUGUCUAAAGAAAUUUUAUAAACUCAGGGUAGACCCAAACGUUACAAAGUAACCUCUUCAAGGGCUGUGUCCUAGUCGUUUGUUGCAUUAGAACAUUUAUGCAGCAGUAUCAACCUUGUUUCUCAUCACAUACUUCCAAGAUAUUUGAGCUAGUCGCAACCUGUAACCAAAGAAUUUGACCAGUUUUGAAAGAAAUUUUCCAUCAUCGUUCAUAUAUUAAAUGUUAACCCAAAACUUCAAAUGUAGAGAAGGCCUGGCCAAAAGAAGCCUAACAUUGUCCCAUACAUUAAAAUAAUGCAGUGGUUUUGCUUUAAGUCAAGCAUCUUGUACAAAUAUUGACAGUAGUCUGAAAUUGAACCUCUCUGUGCCUGAAGUAUAUUGAUAAGAGUGAAUGUGAUGAAAAAAGGAAUGUCUAUAUUCAUGUAAAUCUUUACAAAAUCUUGUGACAGUUGAUUUUUCAAUAAAUUUAAAACUGGGAUCAUCGCUGUCAUAGUACAGUUGUAUUUACAAAGGUAAGAGUUGAGCUUAUUAUUGGAUUCACAAACAGGACUUCAAGUGCAAGCAGUAACUGAUAAAGUUAUGUUAUUGUGAUGAAGUACUGGUAUAUAGAAUUCAUGACUAGACAAUGUCCAAAUUUAAAAAAAGUUGUAUGCAAACAUGUAAUUUCAUAUCAGUUUUACACACAAUUAUUCAUGGUUGUAUUUCUUCAUUGUUAGCCAAACUAAAUCUUUCUUGGUUCUAAAUUUGUCACUUUGUAGUUUCAAGUACUAGAAAUAAUUCAUAUGUGAGAAGUGGUGCCGCUUUAAUAGUGUUGUUUGGGUGGAAGCAUACAAUUUAGUUACUCCUAAUAUAACUCGUAGUCAUGAUAUAUCUAUCACACAUUGUAUUCAAGGUUUUGCACCUGAAAAAUGUAGAUCAGUUGAUUUGGCAAAGAAAUGCUAACAAUAUUUUAUCAGUUAUUGUUUAUUCUUAUCAGUUAAUUCAAUUCUAUCAUGUAAAGUUUCUUAAAUUGGACCAUAAAUAA